UUCGACCUUCCCUUCCGUCACUCUCGUUGGCGCCUCGACGAGUGUAUCCGCACAACCGCGAACGUGUGGCUACUGGCUGACAGUUCACCUCAAGAUCUCGAUCUGGUUGACACGCCGCGCCGAGAGGUUCAAAGACGCUCCGGGAACAAUCAAAACCGUUUCCUGCCGAUUUUUCUUUCUCCUUUAACCGGGACAACGUGGAACGAGAAGAGGAAGAUAUUCAGAAUUGUUCCCUUUCACAAAGGAAAAGUGGUAAAGGAUGGAAGCGCACGUUAGAAAUGUGAACGGUAGCAUGAACAUCGCUCCGACAGAAGUGUACAUGUCCACGUCAAAGACAUCUCUCACCGUCGAGGAAGAGGACGCGAUCGUAACAUUGGUUGUCGUUGUGAUCGGCAUCAUCGUGGCUAUAGUGAUACUGUUUUCGAUGGGUAUCUUCAUAGACUGCAAACAUCAAGAGAAAGAUUCUAGAAAGAGGAGAAGACUGAAACUGAAAAUGCCGCAGCUUGCAAGAUGCCGGAAAGAUGACGUAAAAGUUUUGACUACAAAUAUGUGCCCCAAUGGCGUCGGCGAUACCGCGUUCAUGGCAAGGGAUGCUAUAGUUUGAUGAUCGGAACAACAAAAAAUUUGAAAGAAUUAUUAUACAUGUUUUAUAAAAACUCUUUAUAAAAAAAUUGAGACUACUACUAGUCUCUUGAAACGAUUAGCUAGUAUUAAAUAUAUAUAUAAGGGUAUUAGAAGGUUGGAACUUUCUCUUACAAUUAGUUAUAAUUUUUAAGAAGAUAUGUCCAUUAUUUAUUAAAAAUAUGUGAUCUAAUAAUACGUAUACGUACUUCAUAAAUAAAGUUGAUAAACUCGAAAUAAUGGAUAUGGCGACUUAUAAUUAAAGUUAAUCUGGACAGAGAUACACUUGUUUUUCAUAAAUGAUGUACAUAAUUAGAAAAGCACAAUUUAUAUAAUGCAUAGAUAAAAUAAUCUCAAAAAUUUAUACAAUCUUUUUAAUAAAAUUGUGUUCACGAAAGACUUCAAGUUGAGUUGAGGUAAUGUUUGUUCAUGUAGCAGCUUUCACAAAUAAAAACAGUUUACACAUAUUUACAAAAUAAUAUUACAAAAUGAUAUAAUACUUCACAAAUAAAUAUUCUGUUCAACACAAGUCAUAACGUGCAAAGAAAUUAAUUUAUUUGAAAUGUUAUAUAAACCUUUGAUUAGUUUUUGACAUCAUAAUCCGAUACAAUUAAAUCGGAAUUCUUAUAUCUUUUUUAUUUAAUUUAAUUACAUAUAUAUAUUAUGAGAAAAAAAUAUUGUUGUAAGAUGACAUUAAUAUCUGCAGCAGCAUUCUUGGUUUUUCCAUUUUAGUCACGAUACAAUUUCUCAAAUAUUGCACGUAUUGAAGAAUACGUUCAAUAAGCGUAAAAUUAAUUUUUUGUUCGUAUUAUUGUUGUAACGUUCUCUUUUCUCAUUCUCAAUAAAUUCAUUUCAUGUUAACGAUAAAAUAAAAUCAUAAAUGCAUAUUAAUGUGCAAGAAAUUUUAAUAAUCUAUUUAAUAAAAAUAAAAAGUCCAAAUAAACAUAAAACUUUAGAUAUUGCAAAUCCAAACCGAACUUAAGCGAUUUUAGAAUAUGUAAGAUACAUAUUACUUCCUAAGAGUUUAUGAUAUAUGUAUAUGUGUUUUUUGCUGUGAUUUACAAAUCAUUAUUUGUCUAAUGCUCUAUUUCUCCACAUCUUCCAAUAGCUAUCGUCGAGAUAGAAAUAAUUUAAUAAUCGUCACAUAACUAAAAAUUUGUUUUCUUUAAUUACUGAAAC